GGGUCGCCGCGUGGCGCGUUCCGAAGCGGCCUGCGGGCAGGGGGCGGGGGGGAGGAAGAGGAGGAGGAGUAGGCCGCCCCGCCACCGAGGAGAGAAGCACGGGGGGGCGGCGGCGGCGGCGUCCUUGAGAGUCUUUCCCCCCCCCCGCCCGGACCAGCCCAGCCCGUCCCGCGCCGGUUUUUCCCGCCCCCUGUUGCGCCCCGGGCCUGCGCCGGCCCCCCUCCGCCCCACCCUCCGUCGUGGCUCUGCCCGGGGGCCCCGGGGCCUUCCCGCCGCCGCCAUGUCGGCCACACUCCUGUCCGCCUUCUACGACAUCGACUUCUUGUGCAAGACGGAGAAGUCCCUGGCCAACCUCAGCUUGACCGUCCUGGACAAGAAGGCCGUGGGGACGCCCGUGAGCCCGGGCCCCAGCGCCGCCUUGGCCCCGGGCUUCCUGCGCCGGCCGCCGUCCAGCCCCCCGCCGCCGCCGCCGGCCGCCCUGGCCCCCCCGCCCCCCCCGGCCGCCGGCUGCUCGCCCAGGUUCGUCGGGCUGGGCCUCCCGGAGCCGCCGGUGGCCAAGGAGGGCCGGUUCCGGGACCGCUCGUUCAGCGAAAGCGGCGACCGCAGCCAGCAGCUCCUGCAGCUCCAGCAGCAGCAGCAGCAGCAGCAGGCGCAGCCGAAGCCCGGGCCCGGCUCCCAGAUCAACUCCACCCGCUACAAGACGGAGCUGUGCCGGCCCUUCGAGGAGAGCGGCGCCUGCAAGUACGGCGACAAGUGCCAGUUCGCCCACGGCUUCCACGAGCUGCGCAGCCUGACCCGCCACCCCAAGUACAAGACGGAGCUGUGCCGCACCUUCCACACCAUCGGCUUCUGCCCCUACGGGCCCCGCUGCCACUUCAUCCACAACGCCGACGAGCGGCGGCCCGGGCCCGGGCCCGGGCCCGCCGCCCGCGACCCGCCGACCCCGGCCUUCCCCCGGGAGCCGCGGCCUAAGCUGCACCACAGCCUCAGCUUCUCGGGCUUCCCCGCCGCACACCACCAGCACCACCACCACCACCACCACCUGCCGCUGCCCGCCCUGCGCGGGGCCAGGCUGGACCCCCCCGCGGCCCGCACGCCUCCGCCGUCCUCGUCCUCGUCGUCGUCUUCGUCGUCGUCGUCGGCCGCCGCCUCUCCAAGCUGCGCGGCGGCCGCCCUGCUGUUCGGGGGCGAGGACCAGCUCCCGCCCUGCGCCAACAACGCCUUCGCCUUCUCGGGGCAGGAGCUGAGCGGCCUCCUGGCUCCCUUGGCCGUUCAGGCCCCCGGCUUCGGCCCCGGCCCCGGCCCCGGCCCGGCCGCUUACUACCGCGGCCCGCCGCCCAGCCUCGCCCCGCCCCUCGCCCCCGCCACCACCGCGCAGCCGCCGCCCUCCUCGUCGUCGUCGUCGUCGUCGUCGUCGUCGUCGUCGUCGUCGUGCAGCCCUCCGGGGUCGCCGUCCGGCCGGGACAGUCGGCUCAGCGGCUCGCUCAGCCCCGGCAGCCUCAGCGGCUCCGAGUCCCCCGGCCUCGACGCCGGGCGACGCCUGCCCAUCUUCAGCCGCCUCUCCGUCUCGGACGACUGAGGCGGCCCCGCCAGCCAUCCGCCUUGGGGGUUUUUUUUUACCCCCGACUCCACCACGAAAGCUGAAGAAUCGCCUCGAGAAACAGGAAAGGACGUUUUCUACUGCGACGAACGGAGAGGCCCCCAAAGUUGGCCCUGGCGGACACCCGGUUUCUGCCUUACUGUGAUAAAGGAGGGCCGGGCCUGCGAGACCCCCCACAACCUCCGCCCCCCAGUCCCCAUUAUUUUCCACCCCUCACCAUCCCUCGCCUUCCUCUUUGCCGCCCUUCCCCCGGGGACCCCACUUAGCCCCGAGCCUGGACAGCCCGGGGCCCCUCCAUGUGCCAGCUGGGCCAACCUGCCCAUCCGCCAAGAAUAUGCCUUGACCGUGGCCUUAUCUUUUUUUUAUGCCGACCUCAUGAUUGCCUGCUAAAAAACCACAUGCGCCCCGUUCUCCCGGCCCCUCUUCCAGAGUUGAGAUCUGCCCCGUGCCUGCCCUGUCCCGCCCUGGCCCAGCUUCGGCUGGAACAGUGGCACACCCCCCCUCCCUGGCAGGCCGGGCCCACAUCAGUUUGUAACUGUUGGGGAGUAACCGCUGUUAAUGUUUUGGUGUUUGUUUUUUGGGGUUUUUUUUCUUUUUUUAAUUAUUUUUUUAGCUGUUUUGGAGUCGGUGCCCAAUACUGCACCACAACUCACCAUGAAACUCUAUUUAACUUAUUUAUUAUCUUGUGGAAAGUGUACCCCGGGGAAUCUGUUCAUACUGUAUUUAUCGGGUAUGAUGGAAAGCAAUAGAUCUAUAUUCUUUUAUUAUGUUUAAAUUAUGAUUGCCAUUAUUAAGCGGCGCCAUGUGGAGUAUGUUCUUUUCACAGUAAUAUAUGCCUUUUGUAACGUCACUUGGUUAUUUUAUUGUAAAUGAGUAAAAACAAAAUCUUAAUUUAA